AUGAGCGGAUGCGCGGAGGCCGCUGCAGUGGCGGCGACCUUGCCUGGGGCGGGGGUCAGGGACUCUGGGGGACCUGGCUUGCGGCCGCCCAUGGUUCCCCGCCAAGCAUCCUUCUUCCCGCCGCCAGUGCCCAAUCCGUUUGUGCAGGAUACACGGAUUAGCGCCAGCAGCCGAGUCCUGAUUCUCCUUUUGGGAUGUAUUUUGCUUCCAAUCCGUGCCUUAUGUGUUGCAUUGAUUUUGAUAAUGGCUUGGCCAUUUGCUGCAGUUGCAACAGUAGGCUUACCAGAAAAAUUGACACAUCCAGUCAUAGGUUGGAGGAGGACAUUUACCCACCCAGCUCUGAAGUUCCUAGGUCGAGCUAUGUUCUUUUUAAUGGGAUUCAUGGUUAAAGUGAAAGGAAGUAGAGCAAAUCCAAAGGAAGCACCUAUUUUUAUUGUAGCUCCUCACUCAACCUUUUUUGAUGGAAUUGCAUGCGUUGCUGCUGGAUUACCCUCUAUUGUAUCUAGAACUGAGAAUGCUUAUGUUCCACUGAUUGGCAGAGUAUUACGAGCUAUUCAGCCAGUGCUCGUGUCCCGUGUAGAUCCUGAUUCUCGGAAGACAACAAUAAAUGAAAUAAGAAAGAGAGCCACUUCAAGAGGGGAAUGGCCACAGUUGUUAGUCUUCCCAGAAGGCACCUGCACUAAUCGUACCUGUCUGAUCACUUUUAAGCCAGGAGCCUUCAUUCCAGGAGUUCCAGUCCAGCCAAUACUUCUGAGAUAUCCAAAUAAGUUGGAUACGGUGACCUGGACUUGGCAGGGAUAUACAUUCAAAAAAUUUAUGCCUGUUCAUGUUCCUAAUGAUGAAGAAAAAAGUGACCCUGUUCUUUUUGCUAGUCAUGUCCGGAACAAAAUGGCAAAUGCUCUCGGAGUGCCUGUUACAGAUCAUACUUAUGAAGAUUGUAGAUUGAUGAUUUCAGCUGGACAACUAACAUUGCCUAUGGAAGCUGGUUUGGUGGAAUUUACUAAAAUUAGCCAAAAAUUGAAAUUAGAUUGGGAAGGAAUUCGUAAACAUUUGGAUGAAUAUGCUGCUAUUGCAACAGCCUCAAAAGGAGGUAGAAUUGGAAUUGAAGAGUUUGCAGAGUAUUUGAAACUUCCCGUUUCAGAUGUCCUGAGACAGCUUUUUGCACUCUUUGACAGGAAUCAUGAUGGCAGCAUAGACUUCAGGGAAUAUGUGAUCGGUCUGGCCGUCCUAUGUAAUCCUGCCAAUACAGAAGAACUCAUCCAGGUGGCAUUUAAGCUUUUCGAUGUUGACGAGGAUGGCUAUAUAACAGAGGGAGAAUUUACCACCAUUUUGCAGGCUUCUCUUGGAGUACCUGACCUUAAUGUUUCUGGUCUCUUUCGGGAAAUAGCCAAAGGGGAUUCAACACAUGUUUCCUACACGGAAUUUAAAAGUUUUGCCCUGAAGCAUCCAGAAUAUGCCAAGAUAUUUACUACAUACUUAGACCUCCAGACAUGCCAUGUAUUUUCUUUGCCCAAAGAAGAUGAUGUGGCUCCAUUAGUUGCUCAUAACAAAGUCAGUCCAGAACCUGCUGAAGAUGGUACCUCAGACAAAAAAGAUGACUGA